GGGCCACCUGUUCGCGUUGUAGGAGAUGUGGGGGGCGUUUUGGUGUCUCUGGGGGUGGGAUUUUUGUGUUUUUAUUAUUAUUAUUUUUUCCUCUUCCUUAGAGUGUGUUUUGUGAUGUUGCUGCUUCAAGGUCCUGGAGUUAUGGAUGAUUAGGGGAGACAGAUCCUGUAUUUCCUGUCAGGGAAAACUCUGGCCUCGAGCAACCUCUAUCUCCGGCAUAAAGAUGAUCAGUGUGGGAGUUGGCACAGAGCCGAUCCGCCAGGGCUUUGGCCCCAGGUGGGAAGUGGAGACCGAUGAGGUCGUUCUGCGUCGCCGGCAGAAGCAGAUCGACUAUGGGAAGUGUACGGUUGGCUACCAACGCUUCCUGCAGCAGGUCCCCAAGAGAGCUCGGCAGCCGGGGCUCCACCCGGGCACCCCCAACAAGCAUCGGAGGUACAGUCGUCGCUCCUGGGACGCCCAGAUCAGGCGGUGGAGACGGGCCUUACACGCCUGGGACCCCCCUGACCCGUCACACCUGCUGGACCCGGACCCCCUGUGGGCUGUUUGCCUCGGGCUCCCAUGGCAAACAGAGGACCUGUCGGAGGGGACGGAUUCGGGCUUUCCGUAUGGCCGCUCGGAAGACUGGCUUGGGUUCCAGCCACCCCCGAAGGACCUGACUCUAGACCAACUAGCCGCCCAGGAGGAAAAGAGGCGACCCCUCUCUCCGCUCCCGUUCCCUCCCCCUUGGGGACUCGAGGACCGAAUUCUGCCCGGCCCUGGCGGCCGUCUCUGCCGUUGCUGUACGGGGCGUUCCUCGGCUUGGCUCGCGUCGAGGUUGGGACGGAGACACCCCCACUUUUGAUCGCCGCCCCCUCCUACACCCAACUGGAUGGGGGACCACAGACCCCCCUCCAGCUCCUUCAGUGAUGCACAACCUAGAGCCGCCGCACCCCGAUCCGGAGGGAAAUACAGGGGCUUUGAUCUCAUUCUCUGAGGUCCCAAUUCAUCCCCGACCUCGGGAGGUGUUGCCCGCAGGGUGCUGGUGAGCAUGAUGAUGUCAUAAGAAACGGAUGACAUCAUCGUUACCCCAAGAGAGAAGGGGGUGGCUAGUGGAAGGAGUGGGCCGGGAGGGCUGGAAAGGAUGGGAGGGAAAAAGGACCAGCCGGAUCCUCUCUCCUCGAGUGAUGAAGUCAGAGCAUCUCUAGGGGACCAAGAGCAGGCCCCGGGUUGGGACCCGGGGACUACAUUUCCCAGAAUCCCUCAGUGUGGGCGCUAGUUUCGCCUCAGGAAGAUGGGGGGCGGUUCAGAAGGGUUUGGGGGCGACUGGAGGCCCGAGCCCUUCUGGCGACCGACGAGGGCGACCUCCCCUUCGACCCCAUCGCGUUAUCCCGUCAAUGUCCCCGUGAGGCAGGGAAAAAGGGUCGCGGGGGGCGUCGAGCUUGUUUACCUCCCCCCCCCUCCCGCCUGGAACUUGGUUCCGCCCCCUCCAGCUGGGCCCGUCCAUUUCCCUU